AUGGUAACAAAUUUAAACAUAUCAAUUUAUUUAAAUCGAAGUUUACAAAAAUGUUUUACUAAAUAUAACUUCAAAAGAUGUUUAACAUUAUCAUCAACAAUUCGUAAUAAAUCUUGCGACAUAGACACCUUUAUGUCAUCGCUUCCAAUGAUUUUUAAUAACAUUUGUAAUCAUUUUAAAAACGAAUUGUAUGGACUGGAUAGAGAAGCUAUGGAAUAUAAUUUGCUUUUAGGGAAGAAAAUUUGUGGAUUAUCGGUCAUUCGAAAUUACGAAGUUCUUGAAGACUCUGAAAAGCUAACUCAAAGGAACUUAAACCUUGCUUAUAUUCUUGGGUGGUGUGCAGAAUUUAAUCAUACCGCGCUUCUUAUGGAAAAUGAUAUACUAGAGAACUCAACAAGACGAAGUAAUGUUCUAUGUUGGCAUAAACUAAAAGGAGUUAAUAAAAGUACAUCCGAUUUUGCGAUAAUUAACGCGUUAAUUUAUCAUUUAUUAAAACAACAUUUCUCUAAUUCACCAAACUACACGAAAAUGAUAGAAUUAGUGCGUGACAUCACUUACAAAGCUCUAAACGGACAAACUUUAUAUACUAUGAUGACAGUAGGUAAAUCAAAUUUAACCGAUUUUACCAUGAAGAAAUAUCAAAUAAUCACCAAAUACAAAACGACAUAUCCAAUGAUGAUUCUACCGUUUUUCUUGGCGAGUUAUUUAACGGAUAAAGGUGAGCCCGACUUAUUUAAAGAACUGAAUAAUAUAUUUUUUAAAUUGGGCGAAUGUUAUUAUAUCGAGAACGAUUUCAAUAAUUAUUAUGGAGAAAAUGGUAAUGAUCAGAACGGUGCUAUUAAAGAGGGUAAAUGUACUUGGUUGAUUGUAAAAGCUUUGGAAAAGGCGAAUUUUGACCAAAAAAUGAUUUUAAUGAAAAAUUAUGGUAAAAAACAUGAUGAUUCUGUUAAAAGGGUGAAAGAAAUUUAUGAAACCUUGAACAUUUUUAAUGAUUAUAAGGAGCAAAAUGAAGAAUUACGAAUUGAAGGUUUCGAACAUUAUCAUGAAUUGUUUAUAAAAAUUUGUGAGUGCAUUAACAGUAUGAAAAAACGGCCGAACCCGAAAGACCCAUCUUUACAGACCGAAGGUGCUAAAAAACCGUUUACAGACGAAGGGUUAAAAGGAAACGAUGUGGUAUAA